CCUCUCCCGGGGAUCCGGCGGUUAGAGGUGGCUGUGGACUCGCCGUGAGCCCUUGCUUCUCAGGCUGCAAAAUGGCCUCCUCGUUCGUCACCCCACAGUUGUGAGGAGUUUUCAGCCGCGCUCUGGCCCGAGGUGGAUCUGGUCGCGUCGAAACCCAGUGCGAGGGCUUCCUGUGUUUUUUUGAGCUCUUUUUUUUUUUUUUUUUUUUUUUUUUUCUGGACCCUUUGAAAUACGCACGAUUGUGAGCUCGACUGGUCCAUCCUUUUGUGCUGACUAGUCCGUCCUUUUGUGCUGUGGUUUCACUAGUUAAAGGAAGAAAAGAUGCGUAUGUGUACUUUCCUUUUAAAAUGUUGUUUUUUCUUUAAAAACAUUUUUAUGUGAUAAAAAGCCAAACCGUUAUUUCUAUCUUUUGCACCAAAUAGUUUAUUCGGUUUGUCAAGUACGUUUUUUGUUUUUUGUCAAGUACUUUUUGAGCACCGACAGGCUGUACGCCAUCAAUACUACAGGCCCCUCUUUCUUUAAGCCUUGAUAUCUAAUUUCAGCUUCUGGUGAAAUUAACAAAGAAAGCUAGUGACCUCCUUUUUGUUAAAUUUGGUUGGUGUCUUUUACACCCGAAUCUUUGGAGACCUUACUUUGGUAUUGGACACAGUCGACUGCCUGCCUCUUUGAAAGGGUGGAGAUUGGUACCUACUUCAGAGCGCUAUUUUGAUUCGGAAAGAACUUUGCAAACUUCACUAUGGAAAUACUAGGUCUUAUCUCCCAUCUUCUGUCAUAAUAAAGUCUGAAGAUAUCUGGAUCAUUUGGACUUCCUUUAAAACAUCACAUUGUUCCACUACAUUGAUGGCAUUACCUUGGUCAGAUCAGGAUACAGAUGAAAAUCAAGAACAAUGGACAAAGAAACCACAGCUUCCUUCGACAUCAUACAUACCUCAAAAGGAUCUGCUAGACAACAAGUGCCUAACUGAAAAAUACACACAUCUCUCCUGCAAUAAAGUCUUCUGUCAACCAUGGCAGAAAUGCAUCGAUGGGACCUGUGUCUGUAAACUCCCUUAUCAGUGCCCAAAGAAUGGUAGCAGAGUGUGUUCAACUAAUGGGAAAAGCUACCUAACUUACUGUCAGCAGAAGAGUUUUGAAUGUCUUCAGCCAAGGGCAAAGUUUUUAAAUAAUGGAACAUGCAUAGCUGAAGGAGAAUUUAGUGUUUCCUUAAAGUAUGGAACUACCACUUCUGAGGGAAUUGUUGAAGUAAAACUUGUAGACCAAGAUAAGAAAAUGUUCAUAUGUAAAAAAGCCUGGAGCAUAGUGGAGGCUAAUGUGGCCUGUCUUGAACUUGGAUUUCAACAAGGUGCUUUUGAGGUUCAAAAAAGUUUUGAAGUUCCUGAAGAUCUCCAUGUAAAUUCUACCGAAUGUCUGCAUGUGCAUUGUCGAGGAUUAGAGACUAGUUUGGCUGAAUGCACUUUUAUUAAGAAACGAACUAAAAAUUACCAGGAUUUAGCUGGUGUGGUAUGUUACACACAGAAUACAGUUUCUUCAGCAAAUGACUCCUUUCGUUGUGUGAAUGGGAAAUAUAUUCCUCAAAAGAAAACCUGUAAUGGUGUCAAUGACUGUGGAGACCAAAGUGAUGAGCUGUGCUGUAAAGGAUGCCGAGGCAAAAGUUUCCUUUGUAAAUCCGGUGUUUGUAUUCCAAAUAAGUAUAAGUGCAAUGGUGAGCUGGACUGCAUUACAGGAGAAGAUGAAAUUGGUUGUAAAGGUGAACGGGAUAUUGACCUGACACAUGUAUCGGGAGAUGAUGACCACAGACCUGGGCAUUCUGAAAUUAAAGAAGAAACAGAACUUUUGACUGCUAAUAUGGAUGCAGAAAGAAAACGGAUAAAGUCACUUCUCCCUAAACUAUCCUGUGGAGUUAAACCCAUCCGGCCCACUCGAAGGAAACGAGUUGUCGGAGGAAAGCCAGCAGAAGUGGGAGACUUCCCGUGGCAGAUGGCAAUUAAGGAUAAUGAGAAAAUCAACUGUGGAGGAAUUUAUAUUGGAGGCUGUUGGAUUCUAACUGCUGCACACUGUGUCAGCUUCAACUCUUGCUGUCUGCUCUGCCUGUUUUGGACUUUGGUCAGCUACUCAAGUUCACCUUGCUCCCUGCUGCAAAGAGACCUUCAUGUGUUACUUCUCAUUCCUGCAACGAUCUUUCCUACCCUGUUUAUCUACGUCAGUAAAGCUCACCAUUACCAAAUAUGGACAUCAUUUCUACAUCUGUUAAGACCUGAGGAAGAGCUAGUUGUUCAGCUAGUAAAUCAAGUUAUUAUCCAUGAAAACUACAAUGGAAGCAGCUAUGAAAAUGACAUAGCUUUGAUUGAAAUGAAAAAACACCCAAACAGAAAAGAAUGUGUGCUGCCUAAUUCUGUCCCUGCCUGUGUCCCCUGGUCUCCAUAUCUAUUCCAACCUAAUGACAGAUGCAUUAUUUCUGGCUGGGGUCGAGAAAAAGAUAACCAAAAAGUCUAUUCACUUCAGUGGGGUGAAGUUAGGCUAAUAGACAACUGCUCCAAGUUUUACCCGGGUCGCUACUUUGAAAAAAAAAUGGAAUGUGCAGGUACAGAUGAUGGUUCCAUCGAUGCCUGUAAAGGGGACUCUGGAGGCCCCUUAGUCUGUCAAGAUAUCAACAAUGUGACUUAUGUUUGGGGUGUUGUGAGUUGGGGUGAAAACUGCGGAAAACCAGAGUUCCCUGGUGUUUACACUAAAGUGGCCAAUUAUUUUGACUGGAUUAGCUAUCAUGUAGGAAGGUCUCUUAUUUCUCAGUACAACGUAUGAAAUUGUGAUCUCUUCUGCUCUUUUCCUCUUGGGAGUUGGAUUUUGAUUGAAAUGAUACGACAUGAUUAGUACUUCUCUAGGGAAAAAAAUAAUAAAGCACAUUUUAUUGGAUAUUUUUAAAGAUCUCUAAAAAAGCCAUAUUAGAACUUUGCUGUAAAUUAUCAAAUAAAUAUUUUAGUCGAGCAUACA